AUGCCAUCAGACCCAGUGCUGGGCUGGAUCUGGCCCAAAGAUCCACGACCGGGAAAUCCAUCCCACUGGCCAAAACGUUGGCGUUUCUUCGACGUGCUCCGCAACAAAGGACCAGAUAUAUACGUUGGUGCCAUGCGACCCGCAAAAAGUACAAUGACCAAAGCAAAAGCCUCGUCGAGAACGAACUGGGCGCGGUGGGAAGAGGAAGAACUGGAUCAAAACGAGACGCCUUUCCGCUGGGCCCGACGUGGAGCCGAGAGGUACGAUUUUCGCAGGCGGAAGUAUUCCGUUCCAGACUAUGGGACCUGGAGUCGGGUGGAGUAUUGUGAUGGGCGGAAGAAGAUUGAGGGGAAAUGGGUCUUAGGGAAGGAAGAGCGUCAUGCUAUACCUCGGCGGUUUUGGGAUAAGAAUGGGGAAUUGUAUCCGGCGAAUGAGUGGCAUGAUGCUUUUUAUGGGGCGCAUGAGGACCAUAAACGGACUGAGAGAGAUAAUGGAUGUUGUGGGAAGUAA